AUGGAGGCUUACAAGUGGGAUAAGCUGGAAGACCCCAAGACGUGGAUCAGAAUCUUGAGUCUAGAACCUGGGGCCGUUAAUGAGCCGUUGGUUGGAACACUAGAAUCAGCAAUACUCGACUCAGAAUGUCGCUACGACGCCACGUCGUACUGUGUUGGUCCUACGGACACGCCUCAUCAGAUUCUACUUCGCAAGCAAGACAAAUCUUACGCUUUACCGAUCACAAGCAGCCUUUUGGGAAUGCUUCGACGGUUUCGUUCCCUGACCGAGACACGGAGGCUGUGGAUUGACGCCGUGUGUAUCGACCAGACAGACGACCAAGAGAAGGCGGAUCAGAUCAUGCUCAUGCGUAACAUCUACACGCUCACGCGACGAGUAUUGAUCUAUCUCGGCGAGCCCGAUGAGACAACUGCCUCUGCCACGGAGCUAAUGGACCGCAUCUACAGAGCAGUCCGAGAAACUCCGGCAGAUCUGGAGCUUCGUCCUCUGGAAUGGCAAAUUCAUAAUCGCAUCCCCCUAGUCACCGAACCGUGGGGCUGGGAACCACUGAAAGAUUUCUUCUGCCGGCCGUGGUUUGUGCGCAAGUGGACGAUUCAAGAGUGUGUCUUGCCUCCCAGCACCACCUUCCACUGUGGAGUAUGGGAAGUCGAGUGGGAUUUCAUGAAUGUGGUCAAUGCUGCAAUCUACGGGAAGGGCCUGGCGGUUCUCGACCACACGAACUACUCCAAGGUCGACUUGCAAACACAGCUGCAGCAGGGUCUGGCCCAAUUCCAUGCCGUGGCCAAUUUUCGAAACGCUUUCACCACGACAGGGCGGAGGUAUCAGCUGAUGCACACCAUCUACCAUUUCCAAGCUUCACGCGCAACGGACCUGCGCGACCACCUCUUUGCGCUCCUGGGACUAGCAUCGGACGCAGACAGCCCCACAUUGAGACCAACAUAUGGAGAAGCUACCGUACUGGACAAUUGCUUGAGGUAUGCAUGGUUCUUUCUAGCACGAAAGAACAACCUCGAAGUACUUUAUCGCGCCGGCGUCCAGGGGCAUAAGCUGCUGGCGCCCAGCUGGGUACCUAACUGGUAUGGAAAGCAGAUGGAUUUCGGCUUCGAGUACGCGCAAGGGCCCUGGGACCCCCUUCGGCGACCGGCUUUCUACAACAUUGGACGAGGUACCCAAGUCGAGAUCGAACCUGUGCCGGACCCGACGAUCCUUCGAAAGACUCCCCGAUUGAAAGGCGUUGUCAUAGACCAAGUCAGGCUUCUAGCAAAUAGGCACUUGGACAUCUCACCAGACCAAGUGCAGGACAAGGACUUUCUGCUCGCCCAGAAGCGUCGACACGUCGAAGAAUGCGAUGCCAUCGUCUCCACACUAAGCACAUACCCGACUGGAGAAGCAUUGGAGACCGCUCUAUGGAAGACACUAAUAUGCGGUGUCACGCUCGACAUCCAGAGAGCGCCAGAGGAGCCAUACGCGGCUGCUUACCUCGCAUGGCGCAAAUGUCAACGCCACGAGUUUUCUGACCGACAAGACAUGCUUUCCCUGCAGCAGCGCCAGCAGCCAUUCAGGGAAGCACAUGAUGCGUUCAACGGUGACAAGAUCCUCGGCUCGACAGCAGCAGGAUACAUGGGCAUGUUCAACAAAAGCACAAGGGCGGACGACAUUGUUGUCGCGUUCUUUGGCGGGGAGUUCCCCUUUGUUUUGAGGCCCCGUCAAAGUCUGGGAGAGGAUCCGGACCUCGGAGACUUUGAGCUUAUCGGACAAUGCUACAUCCACGGUCUGCUGGAGGACGGUCAAUUUGACAUCAAGAGCUCGAAACACGAAGCACAAUGGUUCCAACUUGGCGGCGAGUAUGAAGUAGAGCAUCCCUUCCAGCCCGGUGGAAUCGUCCGCAGCCAAUAG